UCUACUAAUUCAUUUUCCUUGCUAAUUCAUCAAACCUAUUUACCUAAAACUAGACUAGCUAAUCCUAAUCACCAAUUUAUUGACUCAAAUCUCUUACACUUGUCUCUUUCAACAAUCUGAGUUGUGCAUCCAUGGAGCAACAUGGUCCCUAUAAAUAGCUGCUCAAUCAUUCCAAAAAUAAUACAAUUCAAAUUAACUUUCAAUUUCUAAACCACCAUUAAAAGCCCUCUUAAACAAGUUCAAUUUCUGGAAAUUACCAUAACUCACCACCAUUAACCACCACUGCCACCCUGUUCCGCCGGAAACCACCACCAUUGACCACCCAAACUACCUUCAGCCUCCGAGCACCAUCACCGCAACCCUUACUCGCUUUCCUCCUCUUCUCUCUUUCUUGCGGGUUUUCUCCCCUGCAUUCCCUUGACGCUGCGGCCGCAACAACCACCACCGGCGCUACUUCCGCCGUGCUUCGAACCACGCAGCUCCACCAGGUGUUGGUCACCCUUCUUGCACAGGACCAGUCAGCCGCCCCUUUUUCCUUCCUCCUCCUCCAUUAUUUGUUCUGCGGCUUUGCAAACACAUGCCUGACGAGUCGUCACCUCCUUCUGGUGGCCACGAGGAGCGUGGCAUGACGCGGCAGUCUACUGGCGCGGGUCCCCUAUGGGUGGGCCCUGAGCUCUACGACGGUCGUGAUCUGCACUACGACCUAGAGCACCACGUGACUUCCCACCUUCAUGCGAGGAGAGAGACUACGGUUCGCGGCUAUGGCGCAGCGACGAGUGAGACCGUUUUUAGCUUCCUGAGCUCGGACGCCCAGGCUUUGGUGAGGGCGAGCUCACUAUUUCCGGUGGUCGAGACCUUCUGGGAGAUACUGCGGCUUAACAUCUCUCUGUCUUUUCUGCGGUCAUUCAUGAGGCGGUGGUGGGAUACCACCAACACCUUCCAUUUUCCUUGGGGCGAGAUGACGAUCAAUCCCGAGGACUACACGGCUUUGACGGGCUUGACCUUUACAGGGAACCCCGUUCGUCUGAGGUCGGAUGGCCCAUCGCCGACUGUUGCUGAGGGUACCAGGCUCUUGGGCUCGUGGAUGGGUAGGAGAUUGCCUUCGUACCAGCCCCGUGGGAUACCUUUCGCUGACCUGAUGUGGGCCUUAGAGCAUGGGGUAGAGGAGUCGCCUUCGAGACAGGCUCGGCUGCUCUACCUCCAUUUUAUUACUUCCACUUUUCUAUCGGGUCCGACUGACACCUUUGACCCGAGGUGGAUAGGCAUGGUGGAGGACGUGUCUACACUGGGUGACUAUCGCUGGGGCGAUUUGGGCUAUGCGAUGCUCGUCGGCCAGAUGAGUUUGGCGGUGCGCGACUCGGACCCGAGUAGACGUCACUUUGUGAUUACAUUAGCGGGAGUGCCGCGUUUGAUCGAGCUGUGGGCCUUUGAGCACUUACCUUGGCUGGCUCCCCGAAAGGGGCAGAGGCCUUUGGAGUUCCCCUUCCGGUCGCCGUUGGGGUUGGAAGAAGAAGCUGAUAGUGCGUCCACCGCCCGAUACCGUGUAGGAUCUUAUUCGGGACGGGAUCCCUGAGCAUGUGGUUUGGACCCCAUGGCUCUCUUUUAGGGGUACUCAUGCUUCGGUCAGGGAUAGUUAUGCCCUGAGCCAGAUGCGGGUCUUGUUUGUUGGCCGCCGGGACCCUGUCUUGUACCUGGGAGAGCGGGUACGUAUGCAGACGGUCGGGGCUUUUUCGGUGCCUAGGCCUCCGCCUGCAACCACGUUGUCUACUCGCUCGAUAGGCGAGUCGUGGAGGGUCCACUCGAGGACUGGCGUGCCGGCGACGGAGUUGGUGAUAGAUGGAGCUAGCUAUCAUCAAUUUAUCCAGGAUUCUCUUCGUCUCCCGGAGCCUGGCGCUGAGCGUCCUGACCCUUCGUUGGGGGGAUGGGUGCUUCCCGAUGCUCGGAUCUUGUAUACCGGAGAGAGUGGAUCCGAGAUUGUGGAGACUUUCCCGAAAGACCGGGUUUUCCAUGCUCCGCUCCCUGAGGGAGUACAGGCGGUAUGCACCUUUUAUUUGUGCACUCUUCUUAUAUCUUUCUUUUUUUCUUUUGUUACUAACAUUCCUGUUUCAUGUUACGGCCCAUACGGCCAACGCGAUGGUGGGGGUGAUCAACCGGUUGAAGUCCGCGUUGGUUCGAGCCCGAUCUGCACUUUCUUGCAGGAGCCCCCACUCUACUCGGACGGGUGCUGGACGAGCCGGGGCCGACGACGCAGGUCCCUCGGGCGGGGGACACGGUCGUGAGAGAGAGAGAGAGAGGUCACGGCACUCGCCCCUACGGCAUCGCCGUUCCGACGCGGGGGUGAGUUCUUCCGGGGAGAGGUCCGAGCCGGAGCGUAGGCGACGUUCCGUGUCGGUGGCCCGAGAGCCUAGCCCUGAGUUGGAGUCACAGCCUCAUUUUUGGGGUGAUUCUGGCUGGGGGCCCUCAUACCACGGGAAGUGGAGUGGAUGGACCGAUGAGGCUUGGAGACAUGGAGCCGAUGACGAGUCUUAGGCUUACCUCCUGUUUUGUAUAUAUUCAUUCUUGUAUUCCGCAUGUAUAUAUAUUUUUUGCGAUUUUUUGGUGCAAGAAUGUUUUGAGCCUUCCGUGGGCUUUGCUUUGACAGAUUAUAGUAAUAUUAGCUUUCUAAACCAACGACGAAUUUUGAAAAGGGAAAGAAUUUCGUAAAAAUAAUGA